AUGGCAAGCAGCUCUGUUUGGUUGAUCGUUAGGCCUUGUUUGAUUGCAGUUUUCCGUCAAGUGGAACAGGUGAAGAAAGAAGCGAUUAAGAAUUCGGUGAGGGUUUCUGAACUGUUAGUCAAUGUCGUCAAUGGAUGCGUCCAAGAAGCAUUCAUUUAUGAGAAGCGUAUCGAGUUCGAGACAAGGGCUUUAGCAACAUCAGUUGCACGGUUUGGGAAGCAGACCGAUCAGUGGCUUGCUGCUUCUCAUGGAAUCAACACGGACUUGAAGGAAAUUGGAGACUUUGAGAACUGGAUAAAGACGAUGGAAUAUGAUUGUAAGAGGAUCAACGAUGCAAUAUGCAACAUCUACCAGGAGUAA